UGCCCAUACCAAGGACCAGCAGGCAGCCCACGGGAGCUUAGCUAGGUAUCGACGUUGGAAUUCGUCCCAUCCUUCUCCUCCCUCACCUUUUUGCUCGAGUUGGUUCUUGGUCUUUGGGGGCACCCGGGCACCCAGGCACCCAUCACAAUGCAUACCUCGUCGGCAAGCCUGGUCCUCGCCGGGCUCGCGGCCACUGCUGCGGCCGAGACCAUCCAUGGCGCCCUCGUCUUUGCCCGUCACGGCGACCGCACGUCUAAGCACUAUCCCAACUACGUGCUCACCCCCCUCGGCGCCCAGCAGGUCUUCCAGGUCGGCAGCUUCUACCGGAGCCGCUACCUCUCGUCGUCCUCGCCCCAGCGCAUCCGAAACAUCUCCGAGUUUGAGCACGUCCCGGCCCAGGUCUGGGCCAGCGCGCCCGACGCCUCCGUCCUGCUCAGCACGGCCAACGCGUUCCUGCAGGGCCUCUACCCCCCUCUAGGAGACAUCAAGCCCUCCCUCGCCGCCCAGGACCUCGCCAACGGCACGUCGGUCGAGAGCCCCCUGAGCGGAUACCAGUACGUCACCCUGCACGGCAUCAACGACGACUCCCCCGAGACCAUCUGGAUCAAGGGCGACGACAACUGCCCGGCCCUCAGCGCCGCCUCGGCCGACUUCAUGGCCAGCGCCGAGUUCCAGACCCGGCUCGCCUCCACCCGCGACUUCUACCAGAGCCUGUACCCGUUCGUGAGCAACGUCUACUCCUCGGUCGGGGACCUGAGCUACGAGAAGGCGUACGACAUCUUCGACGUCAUCAACGUCGCCAAGAUCCACAACGCCUCCUCGGCCGUCAAGGACGUCACCGACGAGCAGAUGUUCCAGCUGCGCACCCUCGCCGACAGCGCCGAGUUCGGCCUCAACUUCAACGCCUCCCAGCCCGACCGCUCCCUGCACGCCCAGACCUUCGCCGCCUCGGUCCUGAACCACCUCAACCAGACCGUCACCUCGGCCGACCGCAACCCCAAGCUCACCCUGCUCGCCGGCAGCUACGACACCUUCCUGGCCUUCUUCGGCCUGACCGGCCUGGUAGACGUGUCUCCGGACUUUUACGGCCUGCCCGAUUACGCGAGCACCAUGGCCUUUGAGCUCUUCACCCCCGACGACGCCGACGCCGAUGUCGACGCCGACGCGGAGGGGCCGCUCGACCCGGACGCCCUGCAGGUCCGCUACCUCUUCCGCAACGGCACCGACGGCGCCCUGCGCGCCUUCCCGCUCUUCGGCCGCGCCGAGGCCGCCAUGCCCUGGGCCGACUUCGUCCGCGCCGUGCAGGCCGUCGGCAUCGACUCGGCCGCCGAGUGGUGCAGCCGCUGCCGGAGCCCGGCCGUGUUCUGCGCCGCGUAUAACACCACCACCAACACCGGGGCCGUCUCACAGCGCGGCGGCGGCGGCGGCGAGGACACCGUCAGCAGGGGCUCCUGGAUCGCCGUCCUCGUCGUCAUGGUCGUCGCCGUCGCCGGGAACCUCGUCUGCGCCGCCGUGUGGCUCGUCAGGAGCCGGCGCCUCAGGGCGGAGAAGAGGGCCGCGGCGGCGGCCGCGGCGGGGGUGGCCGGGGCGACGACCGUCUCGCGGGGCUCCGAGAGCGUGACGAGCUACGAGAAGCAGAGCGUCUGAGUCGCGCGAGCUGCCCUACUCGCGAAUUGCCUGUCUACCACAAAGUUGUUAUUACGAGAGAGAUGAUGACAUGCCGUACGAAGAUGGUGGUUAUGCGGCAUCCCAAUGCAUUCUUUUCCUUUCUGGUUUGGUUUGAGCAACUGGCAUGCUUGUCAAUACAGAAUUGAGUAAUCAUGGGUCCAUACCUGUGAGACAAUGAACAUGUGGUUGGGGAUUAUUUUCGCCGGGUCUAUUUCGCCAUCAACCCUGUGCCUGUGACGCUGUAUGAGCGCAUCCACCGGCCCUCGGCUUCCGACAGGCGGUGAUUUUUGUCUGUCUUGCAUAUCAUCGCCGUGCCGUUAUCGCGAAAUAGAUCCUUGCUUGGGCGGUCUGGAGCAGUAAGGUUAGGUCUGGGCGAGCGUCAUAACCCAGAUGGUGGCAAUCACUUCAACAAGAUAUUAAUUACUACACCUUGUUGUGAUAAUUAUUCGGUUUACUCCUGAGCUUCUCCCGGGGAUGUUCAGCCUAGGGAAGGUACGUGCUGACAGUGAUAAUUAGACCAGCUUGUUAUAUUAGAUCAUUGACACAGAUGUAAGACGCGACUUUACAUAUUCUCCAGAGUGUGAACCUGCUCG